CUCUGGAGGUCGUUUGAGGUGUUGCGGUCAAUCUUCACAGCGGGUAGUACACAGCUCAACAGUCAGUACUAGUCAGUUCCCAAUGAUUUCUGCUCUGCGGAAAUCAGUGGCAGGGUCUUCACAAGCAAUAUGUCGCAGGCCAAUGGCAACAAUUGCGCCGGCCUUGGUUCAAUCAAAACCGACCACUUCUUUACAAGGCAAAUCCACAAUUCGCAAAGGUGAGUUUAUUGAUGCCAGAGAGAAACAUGCUCAUCGCAUAACAGCUGUUGAUCCAAUUAAACCGGUGUAUUUGACAAUGUCGAGUUUAACUAGCAAGUCGAAUGGCGCCAAGAAAGCUGUCGCUCUAGACCCAACGGUGUUCGAUCAUCCUGUCCGGCGAGAUAUUCUACAUCUUUGCGUCGUGCACUACUUGGAUUCACUUCGCCAAGGAACUGCCUCUACAAAGACGCGCGCUGAGGUUGCCGGUUCGCGUCGCAAAAUUCGUCCACAGAAGGGAACCGGCAGAGCUCGUCUGGGAGACCGGCAGAGUCCAAUGUUGAGGGGUGGAGGUGUUGCUUUUGGUCCCAAACCGCGAGAUUUCAGCACGAAGCUUAAUCGUAAAAUCAUCCAGAUGGGCAUGCGCGUGGCUUUGACGAUGAAGCUUCGGGAACAACGGCUGGGUGUUUUGCAACGGAUUAACUGGUGGUCGCACAAGACUGCCACCCUUAGCUCAAGGUUAGAGGGACUUGGAUGGAGAACCGGUACCUUGUUCGUCACCGGAGAAUCCGAAGUACCGGCAAGAAUGAGGUUAGCGUCGAGGAACCUUCGCGGGAUAGAGUGCAGAACUGUAGCAGACUUGGUGGUCUACGACAUUGUGAAGUGGAGAAGGGUUGUGCUUGACCUCGCCGCUGUCAACGCACUGGAGCGAGCUCUUGGAAAGGGUUUGUUGGAAAUUUCGGAUUCGGAAAGGGUAGUUUCUGAUGUAACGCACUCAUCUGCGGAAGUUGAGGCAUCCACCUAGACUCAUAAUAAAUUUUCUGUGGACUUGUCAAGUGGACAUUCAAGA